GGGCCCAUGUGACUUCUGACGUUUCAGAGGAGUCCUACUAAAAGGAAUUUCAGGGAAUGAUCGCUGCUGCUUCACCCAGGGGAUCCACGGUGGCUUUCUGACGUCCGCUUUUAGGAAGUCCGAAGUUACGGCUGAUCUGAGCCUACCCACCGAUAGACUUUGGUAUCCGGGACGCUGACUCGCGAUGUCCGGCGAGCACAGGGACGGGCAAGAGGCCAUGAAUAUAUACUGUGUAACCCUCAGCGGCCCAGCACCUUGGGGCUUCAGACUGCAGGGUGGCAAGGACUUCAGCAUGCCCCUCACGGUGUCAAGGCUGACCCCGGGGGGUAAGGCAGCUCAGGCUGGUGUUGGGGUCGGAGACUGGGUAGUGUCCAUCGGUGAGAGCAACGCAGAGGACAUGACUCAUGUCGAGGCACAGAACAAGAUCAGAGCAGCAACAGACUCUCUCACCCUCACCCUCAGCAAAGCUUUCCAGGCGGGUGCAGACCAGAAGGAUUCUCAUGCCACAGCCUCUGUUCAACCAAAGUACUCCUUUGCCCCCAGCACAACCAUUAACAAGAUGGCGAGGCCAUUUGCAGCAGGCAGUGGUAGUGCCAACUCAGGUCCUGUUAUUAAGCCUGUGGCCUACUCACCUAAACUUAACACUCCACGCUCACAGGGCCCUGCCAAUAUGCAGCAGCCGCACAAUGGCCUUGAGCCAGCUCCUUCACCUGCCAAGGCCCCGGCAGCAGAAAAACCAGAUGUGUCUAAGACCCCUGCAGCAACGGCCAGUUCGGGUCCUUCCUGUCGGCCGCCAUGGGUCACUGAUCCAAAUUUUGCGGACCGCUAUCGGCCAGACAAGACUAGCACCGUUUUGACCCAACACCAGCAGCCAGCCCAGCCAACGCCCAUGCAGAGUCGCAGCUCCAUCCUGCAGGCGGCGCAGCAGGCACCUGAGGACAGUGGGAGGACCCCUGUAUGCGGCGCCUGCAACAAAAUCAUCAGGGGUCGGUACCUAGUAGCACUGGGACGCUCCUGGCACCCAGAGGAGUUUACAUGUUCGCAGUGUAAGGUGGUCCUGGACGAGGGAGGCUUCUUCGAGGAGAGGGGCUCUGUCUUCUGCACAAAGUGCUAUGAUAACCGCUACGCUCCAAACUGUGCCAAGUGCAAAAAGAAGAUUACGGGGGAAAUCAUGCAUGCCCUGAAGAUGACCUACCACGUCCAGUGUUUCAAGUGUGCAGCCUGUAAGACUCCCAUCAGGAACCAGGCCUUUUACAUGGAGGAAGGCGAACCCUACUGUGAGAGAGACUAUGAGAAGAUGUUUGGCACUAAGUGCCACGGCUGUGACUUUAAGAUUGAUGCUGGAGAUCGGUUCCUGGAGGCCUUGGGCUACAGCUGGCAUGAUACGUGCUUCGUCUGUGCUCUCUGCCAAAUCAACCUGGAGGGGAAGACGUUCUACUCGAAGAAGGAUAAGCCCCUGUGCAAAGGCCAUGCUUUUGCUCCAGUCUGAGGAAGACGCAGACCGAGAACGCUUCUCCUUCAGAGGAAGGAACACUCCUCUCUCCAUCGUCUUUACCCAAGUCCGCCCUCCGGCACACACACACACACACACACACACACACACACACACACACACACACUACAUCCCCUCAGCCUAUCUAGUUUAACUCAGUCAAAGCAUUUUAUUUUUUCUGAGUUUUUUUGUUUUUGUUUUGUUGUUGUUGUUGCUGUGUUUGAGACUCUGAGUCAGUUUCACACUCUGUUACUCCCUGUGCAGUUAAAACUUUCUCAAGUGCAGAGAUAGAGAUAGACUUGCCCAGUGGGUCAUUUCAAGUCCUCACUAACUGCAAUUCAUCACCUGUGGCUUGUUGAAUUUUAAGUAAUUUCCAGCUGGUUAUUGUAAUGCUACUGGGUGUUAAAAGAUAGCACCUCACUUCAUCUAGAUUUGGGUGUACUUGUUAGUGAAGAAUUUUUAUUGCCCAACUAAUCUCAUCCUUGUUCAGUUUGAAGUAAGUUGAAAUAAGUAUCCUCCAAGUUGAAUGAGUCAUUUAGCCUCUAAUAGCCUAACAUAUUACUGUAAUGAUCUGCCACUACUCCUGUACACUUAAAGCCCCAUCCAGGACCCUGGCCUACUCACUGGCACUUACUGCAGUACCUAUUAACGUAAUGGGGGUGUAGUGAAGCAGAAAGGGAUGACCUGCACCUCUCCACAUAAGGAGUAACUGCUUUACGCAUCACUUUGGCACCAGCAAAUUAGCAUGUGCUUCCUAAUGGUAAUGUUGAGACACGUAAUAGUCCUUAAUUGAUCCAAUUUCAAGUGUUCAUGCAGGGGACUGAAAUCAAGUUACAUUUAAUGUUGAGCAUAGCACUAAGGCAGGAAGAUUGUUGAAGCUUUGGUAUUCUGACAAAUUAUUGGAUAUUUUAAUAUGGGGGGAAAAUAUCUGAUCUUUUGUAUCCCUUGUGUUAGUAUAUUGUUACUUCUAAAAGUGCCUUUAUGUCAUGACUGAAUAUGUAUUUAUAUUGCGUCAAAAUGGGCCUUUAGGUUGCUGUUUUUUAUAGCAAACAGAAUUUACAAAUAAAAAAAAUAGUGAUGCCCUGUGUGAGGCAAAAGAUAAAGUACUUUUUUUAUGUGAACAUGUCUGUAAGAUUUUCAAAUAUUUGAUGUUUUGGCCUCCUUUGUUUGAAUUAAUAUGUGCUCUUGAGACAAUAGGAUUAUGAUAGAUUUUUUUUGUAUGAAAGUACUGCAUAUUAAGUGCCUUUUUAAAACCAAGCUUUACAUCAUCAGCUUUGUGACUGUAACAUUAAAAAAAAAAAAAAAAACUUAGUGAAUCCCUACCUUGUGCAUAUGUUAGAUGUUGCAAGAAAGAAUUAGUGCAAUUUAUAGAUUAUAGGAGCAAUGCUGUUAGAGCCAUUUAAUCAAUAAAGUUGUUUUUACACUGA